CUUCGGGUGCCGCUUUCUGAAGUGAAUGAGUGGGAGGGCCGUUGCCCAUCGAACGCGGGGCUGGCGCGCGCGCGGGGGGGAGGUUCCUGCGGGCGGAGGGCCUGAAGGCGCCGUGAGGUGAGAUGGGCUGCCGGUGACGAGGGUUUCUCCUUCCCCGCCCCGCGGUGGCCUUUCUCUCGCCCGGCCAUGGCGCCGAUGGGGAUCCGCCUGUCCCCGCUGGGGGUGGCCGUGUUCUGUUUGCUGGGGCUCGGCGUGCUCUACCACCUCUACUCGGGCUUUCUCGCCGGCCGCUUCGCCUUCUUCAUGCUGGGCGGGCCAGCAGUCGAGUCGGGCAGUGUGGAUCUGCGGGAGCUGCUGGCGGCCUCGGUCGUGGCGGCCGUCAAGGGUGGCGAGGAAGUGAAGCUGGUCCGGGAAGGGAACAACCUGAACGAGAAAGCCAAAGGCAAGACCCGCGAAGGGGCCGACGAGAUGCUGACCUUCGGCGACCUCCAUUCCAAUCGCAAGAUGUACUACUUGCUGAAGACGGCUUUCCCUGGCGUGCAGAUAAACACAGAAGAACACGUAGAUGCAGAUGACCAGGAGAAAAUUUUUUGGGAUCACAGUAUUCCUGAAGACAUAAAGAGAAACAUUCAAUCAACACUGGUCCAAGCGGACAGUGUUACUGUAUGGAUUGAUCCUCUGGAUGCAACUCAAGAAUAUACAGAGAAUCUUCUGCAGUAUGUUACUACAAUGGUGUGUGUAGCUGUAAAUGGUAAACCGGUUAUAGGAGUGAUACACAAGCCAUUCUUUGCAUAUACAGCCUGGGCAAUGGUAGAUGGUGGAUCAAAUGUUAAAGCACGUUCUUCCUACAAUGAGCAAACUCCAACGAUCAUCGUAUCCCGGUCUCAUGCAGGGACAGUUAAGCAAGUUGCUUGGCAAACAUUUGGAAAUAAAUCUGUGAUCAUUUCAGCGGGUGGAUCAGGCUAUAAAGUUCUCUCUCUCCUCGAUGUGCCUGAGGUGAACCAGGAAAAAGCUGAUGUGUAUAUUCAUGUAACAUACAUCAAAAAAUGGGACAUAUGUGCUGGCAAUGCAGUGCUGAAAGCAUUAGGAGGUAAAAUGACUACCUUGGCAGGGGAGGAAAUUAGUUACACUGGUUCAGAGGACGUUGAAGAUGGGCUCAUAGCCAGUAUAAAGAUAAACCACCAGAGACUAGUGGAAAAACUUCCAGUUCUAGACAAGACUUCACAGAAUUAAAUUCUGGAGAAUGAACAAAUCAUGCUUCUGGAGCCUCAAAGUAGUUACCAGGGAAAUGUAAAAUUGACCUUUGAAAGAUGGUACACUCAAAGAAAUAUGCUUUUGGAGGACCACACAGACUUACAGGACCAUCAUUUGGCAGUGUUUAAGAUUAUUGGAUCACAAGAUUUUCUCAUGCCUCAGUAUCCACCUUUAAUUUCUGAUACUUCUUCAUGACCACUGAAAUCAGUGCUUGUAAUAAACUAAACACAUUACAGAUUUGUUCUGGUGACCUCUCAUGUUUUGUCUGGGUAAUCUUUGUGUAAUCGCAGAAAAAAAUGGUUUUACUGACUUAAAAUCCAUGGACAGUGCAUGAUGCUCAGAUAUUUUCUCUUUGGGAUACAAAUGGCAGGAAGACUGAAGUGUCUUCAUGUGACAACUGUUCAUCUUGGCUACAGUUUUAAAUGAUAAAGGAUGUGUUUGGUUCUGUUUUAAUGUUUACCUGAAAUUUAAA